GAAGCACAUGAUGGCUUUUCUAACUCUGACACUAUAAAGGAAAAUCAAGUCAAUAAUGUUUUUAUCUUGGCAUUACUAAUCAAAUUCUUUUGUCAUUACUCGAUAACCACUGAAGUAUUUGUAAAGGGGACUUCCUAAAUAGUAAUUGAUUUACUUCGCCUAUUUCAUCACCUGGUGAUUAAGGAGUGGUAUUAUGAUGAUAAAAAUACCACCAUGAUGAAAAAUCGUAUGCAGGUGUUAAUUCUUGGGGUUGACCUUCUGACAGAUAUCGAAUUGCUCAUGAGUCUGCAAGUGAGUAGCGAUCAUUCUGGACUGAUUAAUGUAAUGGUUUGGUUGGGAAAAUCAAUUUUUUUUGCGGUUGCUUAUCUAACAUUAAGUUUUGGCUGCAGACAAAUCAAAUUUUCGCUGAUUUUCGUUCCAAUAUUAGCAAUUGAAUUGUAUUUCCUGUUGAUUGUGGCCAUGCAUGCACAAAAUACAUCUUAAAUGUUGAUAUCCCUAAUGAAUUAGUCGUCAAAAUUAUAAAUAAAGUUUUAUGUGCUAUUAAACAAUCCCUCAAAAAAUAAACACAAUCGUAAAAUUAAUGAUUUGCCAUGGGAACAACUCGUUUAAACCAGAUGAGUGGUGUGCGAAGUGCGAGGGAAUCGAGAUGGAGGGCCAGCUGGGAAUGCCUUUAGCCUAUCGACGUUUCCCUUUUGCAAUUAACAUUUGUGGAACACACGUAAUUACAAGAUUACGAUAAGUGAUAAGCGUCCCGCAAGAGGAUGAAGAAGAUGGCCAAAAGCCGUUGGACGGGUAGCAUUGCUGUUGUUGUUGCCUUUUGUGGCAGUUGCAUAUUUGCAUAUGCAGACCACGCUGGAUAUGGUAGCCAAUUUGCUGGCAAUGCCAAAGCCGAUUACGCAUUUGCACAGAGAACAAAAUUGUAUAUAUGAUAUAAGUUGAUGCUUCCUUAUUUAAAAAGUUUUGAGAUAAUCUUUUUACAAACUUGUGAACCUACUAGGCUAUAUUUUUAAAAAAUUCUAUUAAAACGUAUAAGUUUAGUUUCCCAGUUUACCUACAAGAUGCCGCCAAUACAUGAUACUAAACAAAACCAAGGCUUGGAAAUAAAAUGUUUCAAGAGAUAAAUAACCUCUAUCUUCAGUUUCCAUUCCUCAAUCUAUCAAUUUCAUUUAAAUGGUAAAUAAUGAUGCAUUUUUCUCCGUGAAAACACAGAAACAUUUCCACCCAGGACAGAGGUCAGUGCCAGGCCAAGCCGCCCACACAAAUCAGCGGCCAGAGGAGGGCGGCGGCGUUGAUGAGGAUGAUGCGAUGAUGAUGUUGAUGUUGAUACUGCUGCUGCUGCUGCAUUGCAACCAAUCUGCUGGCCAACACAGAUGCAUUACACAAACGCACACAUCCAUUUCGGACAGACCACACCACAACAUUAUUGUUUAAAUUGCAAAGUGAUACAUUUGUGCCGGCGGACCGAGAGUUUGUCUUUGGUUUUAGCAGUUUGCAUACGGAAUGCAGAUGGGUCCCAGGAUGAUUGGGUUAGUUAAAGCCCAAUUGUGUUUGCUAUGCGUUCGGACGCUUUAUUGUGCCGGUUUUCAGCAGAAGUAUUAAUUUAGGACUGUUUUCGUUGCAGUUCUCAAGAGGGAGUAUGACUAUAACAAUGCCUAAAGUGACUAUAAUAAAUAGAAUUUAUUUAAAUUACAGAACAUUUAAGCCAGCUUAGGGUCAUAUUAACAAUUCGUUUAAUUAAAGGCUUAUAUGAUUUAAAUUAUAAUUUAUACCCUUACAAUAUGUAAAGUAAGCUUGAAAAUGAAGCCUCUAACUACUUCUACUAAGCUGGUUAAUAGUUAAUUGUGUUAUGCAUUUUUAAUUGGACAAUUUGCAGAUAGUAGCAGAUAAUGGUCCCUUGAUAAUUCCCGAGAAGAAAGAUAAAGUGUCGCAAGUGUUGACAGGCAUACUAAGCCAAUGUCAGCGCUCGUGGAAAGUGGAACGUGGUGCACACAUAAAUGAAAUCAAAAUCAAUGUCAACAACAGUG